CAGCAGGCUACUUCUAUAUAUAGGAAGGGCGAUGGCAGAUGCAACGUCGCAAGUUCUUGCGCAUAUCCAUGGCUUGCACCGGGACUUUUCCAAGACUCAGGCACACAGUGACUGGCUGUUGCGCUUUCAGCAGUCGCCAGAGGCUUGGGCGGUGGUGCAUGGAUUGCUCACCUCGCAAAAUGAAGAGGUGGUCGUGUACUUUGCCUCGCACACCGUGGUGUCAAAGCUUCAGGCGGGGCAACUCCCUCCAGACCUCAUGGCAUGUCGCCAGCAGCUGCUCACCUGCCUAGCGCGGUUUCGCAGCGGUCCGGCUGCUGUGCGUCGGCAGUUGGUGAUAUCGCUGGUGGAUUGUCAGCUUUGGCGCCCUGCUGCAGAGGACACUCAGUGGCUGACAGACACCCUCGGCCAGCUCUCAGACACUGAAGCGAUGAUCUGCUUAUUGGAGCUGCUCGCCGCGAUUCCCGAGGAGGCAGCCAACCGAAAGGUCAUGGUUGGCGCUGAGAGGCGUGCCUCGUUUGCUGCCAGCAUGCUGAUCCAUAGUAGCAUGGUGCUCGAAGCACUAUGCAAGGCGGCACAAGCCAGUGAGGCCACAGCGAUUCCGGCGGUCCGCGCCUGCGCCAGAUGGCUUCACCUUCAGCAUGCUGAUCCAAGCUUAAGGGCCCAAAAGAAGGCCGCAGCGAGUGGCGGACGCUUUUCAGCUCAGUUGAUCCGUCAAGGUUUGCACGAAAACCCCUUGAUACUUAGAGCAGCGCAGGUCAUCGCCGGCAUCAGCGCAUCCGGUGCGUCCUCGUUGGAGCUCUGCCGAACAUGUGCAGAGCUCCUGAGCGAAGCGAUGGCUUUGACCAAUGAGGUGACUGGGCCAAGUGCACAACUGCUGCUGAAGAUCGUUGAGGGCGUCAUCACUGGCUGUCGUCAAGUCUUUACCAUGGCAGAGGUGCACUUGGUGACCUGGAUGGAAUCGGAUGGCGAGCUGGCCUCGAUGUUGGCGGUGCUCGGCCGCCUCAUGGCGGAACUUGGGGGUCACUUUGUGCGGUUCGUUGUCAGCGAUGGCAAUCUUCCUGCUGUGUUGAACGACCUUUCCACCUUGGCGCAACACUUUGUGCGGUUGCGACACACCGACUUGGCCCGGUGUGGUUUGGAUUUCUGGUACCAGGGCCUGGCUGUGCAUUUGGGCGCCGAGGCCAUCGAGGAAGACCCCUUUGAUGAGGAGGGCGGCGGACAGGCUUGGGCUGGCCAUCGGGACCCCGACGCCGAAACCCACCGGCGAAGCCUGGAGAAGCCCAAGCUUGAGCAGCACAUUCAGGCCAUGGUCCAGGCUCACUGGCAAGCGGUACGAUACCCCGCAGAGCCAGAGCAAGAGGUGAACUUCGAGUGGGAUGACUUUGUGCGUUUUCGAGAGCUUUGCAACAUCAACAUCACAGAAGCCUGUUUGGUGGUUACUCCGCGAUGGAUUAUUGAACAUAUUGGCCAAUUGCUGGAGGAGAUUUGCAAGCAGAAUCCCAUUCCAUGGCAGGAUAUUGAUGCAUGCGUCUUUGUCCUGACUGGUGUGGCAUCACGAGCACCUGCAGGGCAGGAUACCGUGAUCCCGCGGCUCAUUGAGCUUUUGCCACAGCUGCCGUACCCCACCGAGGGCGUCAAGGCUCUGCUGCUGCGGAGCGCUGCUUCGCGCCUGGUGCUGUUCACCUCAGGCUACUUGGCCCUGAAUGAAGGUCCCUGCAAGGCGAUCUUGAAGUUUCUGGCCCUGCAGCACCUCCCGGCCAUCUUGCCCUUGAAACCCGCACAGGAUCCGGACGUCAAGAAGUACUGCGAAGCAUUGGCGUGUGAUGCCAUGAAGAUGGUGAUGACUGCAGCACGGAAGACCAUUGUCGCAGCAGACAAUGGCACUCUGUGGAAAGAAGCAGUGAAUGCUGUGAUUGCCUUGGUCUCCGACGGCCGCUUCAGCGUGGACUGCCGGGCGCAGCUGGUCUUCGGCAUCGGUCAGGUCCUGGCGACGCUGCAGGACUGGAACGAGUUGGAGCAAGCUCUCAGCAUGUUCGUCUCACGUAUGGAAGUGCCCAUUCAGCCGAUCCUCAGCACGUUGCCAUCGGAGCCGUUGGGCUCUCGCGCGGUGAAGACCACCCGCGAUGGCAAGGCCCCGGUGGAGUUGAAGCUCUACAUUGCCUCAGUGUCCAGCGUGUACAACAUGCCUCCGAGGGAUCCUAGCUUGCUGCCGGCAGAUCAUCAUCCAGUCUUGGGAGUCGUGGAGAAACAUUUCGCGACCAUUGAGCGAGUGUGCAUCCAUCAUACCCACUACGAGGAGCUGAUGGAGCAAGCUUGCCUGGCUUUCAGUUACAUCUUGGGAUUUUCCAGGGAGUACGCGCCUACAUCAAAAGUCUUCGUGCCCAUGAUGAAGCUCAUGGCAAGAUGCUGCGAGCAGCACCCGCAGCCUUACUACAUGAGCUUGGUGCGCUCCGCCAUCGGCUUCUUCGCGUCCAACGCGGAGAAUCAGAUGGACGCCGUCCUGGUGGAUCUCACAGGACUCUUCAUUGCUCCAGUGGCCAGGGCCCUUUCCGCGGCCACCAGUGUCCAUGCGGCGGCCAAUGCCAUUGCGCCUCCCAUCAGUGGAGCAGCCUAUGAGAUGAUGGCCGAAGCUGUAAGGCACUGGAAUCUCUCACUCCUAGCGAUCAAUUCGACUCAAUGGAUGCCCGAAGUGCUGGACUGCACCAUCGAGGUGCUGCCGCGCCUCACGGAAGAGGGGCAAGCGAUGUACGAGAGGACCAUCACAGCCAUGCUGCGGUUUCUUCGCAAUGUGCUGCUUUGGGGCGAUCCCGAGACAUCGAAAGGGGACAUGGCUCCAGAGCUUUUGGAACUCCAAAAGCAAGCACAGGGAAUCAUGGUGGAACGGCUCUUGCCAAGAGGCACAGCCUUGCCUCGCCUUAUCCAUAGCCUUUCCAUGCUUCUGGUGGUGUCUGCUCCGAACAAUCCCAGCCGCGGAGAGGUUGUGCCAACGGUGGCGGAGGUGUAUCGGACUUUGUUGGUCGGUCCGUUUGAGUACGUUGCGUCUCAGCAGAUCCCAGCGAGCCUGAAGUCCUUGCCACCGCCAUGUUCGCUGGCACUCGUUGGUGAGUCGGAGGGCCAAAAGCUUCAGCCAAGUAAGAAGGAUGUGCUGUUUUAAAUGUGUUGCCCGCUCCUACUUAAUCAAUUAAGUAAGGGAGAAGUAAGCUACUAGCUACCUAAGCUUCUAGGUAGGACGCAGGAUAGCACUUGCACUAAUGAUUUGGUUCUUAGAAUUUUAGGGGAAACUUUCCUGACUUGUCAGUCAAGCUUGUCUCGAAGUGAAGGAUCUCCCCCUAAAUGUCGUAUCUAUGUUCCCGAGAUCUCUUCCUGUUAUCGUUUCUUCACCAAUACUUCAUAAACCUCACCGGAAGAAACCUUUGCUCCGCUUUCUCUGAGUCAGAGAAGGUGAUGACUCUGGGCAUCUCUGAGUCGGAGAAGGCCUAGUACUGACUUCUGUUCUCCUCUCGAAAUUCUGCACAGGCAUGAGCCACAGAAAGUGUUGCAGCAGCUGAAGAUGGAGAAAGGUGAUUCCCGGCGCUUCACCAAGACCAUCAUCGGUGUGGCCGAGCUGUUCGCUGUUGCGUUGAAGAGAGCGCCCGUCGGAACUUGAAGAGAGCGUUGAUCAUCGUCCAAAAAGCGCGAGCGUUCACAGGUUCCGUGAGAAGAAAAGUCUUUAUGCAUGCCUGCAAUCGCUACUAGGAGAUGGUGCCAGGCAGUGAUCGAGGGAUCUCAUUCCACACCAUGUACUUAUGAUGCUCUCACUGAGAAAAACGAUGGAUGUAGUGUGGAACCAAAUUCUUACAACUCAGGCUUCGAUGCUCAGCGUUCUUGCCCAGAAUCGGCGACUUGGGGACUUGGCAAUCCGAAGACCCUGCUGAACCCCGAUGGCGCAGAGCCUUUUCAGGCUCCAGAAAAAGCAAAAAAGACGCGCGA